CAUCUGCAAGUAGGUCAUAGUACCCGAGUAACAGAAGGAGCAGUAAGAAGAUAGCCAGAAAUUUGAACGAAACGUAAGUUUGCUAAAAAGUGAACAUUGUAAGUAAAAAUGCUCAUAAUUCUUUUUUUUCUGUUACUUUUUGAUUUAGUAGUUUAUCCUUUUUAAGAAUAGUAACAUGAUGAUUUACUUUAUGCUUCUCAGUUCCACAUCAUCUAAAGGUAUUUUCUGCUCUUGUACCUGUUCGCGGAGCUGUCUACCAGCUUGGUUAUUCUUUUUCACGAACAUAACCACAGCUAGCCUGCGAAUCGCAGACGUAUUUCCAGUCGUCGCUUCUUUCCCUCCGAAAAAUAACGUCUACGAACAUGAGCGACAAAACGAUUUCCGUGACGUAAAACCUUUUGUUUUGAUGUUCACCAAUCAGAUCAAAGGUCAUAGAAUGCAGCUUGAGUGACUUACCGCCACCUCGCGCGCUGGCGUGUCUUGGAUUUUGGCGAGAUUUACCAAAUACGAUUUGGAACCUGAAUUUCACAACUAUAUCGAAGUUUCCUGCCGCGUUGAAUGCUGACUUCUUUGUGAAGCACCGGCUUCCUAAGUUAUGUAUGUGAUGGGGGUCUUUGUUUUCCCUCUAAAAAAUGCGGUAGUUCUUGACAUAACAAAAGGUGGACAAAAUAAUCCAGCACUGAAAGGAAAAUAACAUCAUUAGCUUAAUUACAUUUCGCUCAGACCCGCGAUUUAUUUCAAUUUAACCAGCGCUGACAAAAGGUGGUGAAUCGAUUGUACAGACACAUGCUUGACUGAUUCAGAAAUCUCUGACAAUCGCUCGUAAAUAAUUCAAAUUCCUACAAGUAUCGCCACAAAACAAUGAUCUCAAACAUACAGUAAACCCCGGACCCAGCGUGAAAUAAAUAUUUAGAGUAGUAAAUUGAUCAUAGUCAAGAUGACAUUGACCUACGACGCCUCGACUUAUCUUAUAAAAAACUAUGGAAAUUAAAACCUUGAAAAGAACAUAUAUUUAAAGAAAUAUAAGAACAAAUAUAAAAUGCUUUCGAUCUGAUCAAAGUUCUGUCUGAGCCAAGAAGCAACCACGGAUGUCCUAACUUUCAAAGAUAACGGAUACUAAAAAAUAUCUAAAGCGGCACCCGAAAUACUAUCGAAGAAUUCUCCAAGAAUACUUUUUUCCUGCGAGGAACCAGAAAGGAACAGAAGCAACAAACGUCAUGAUGCGUCUACUGUCAUUGGGACAUUUAUCGUUUCGAAUAUGAUCAAAACAACAAGGUGUGACAAAUCAUUGACUCCGUAGGCCAAUAGAUAAAAAAUUUCCCCAAAUCUUUUCUUCAAUAUUAAUCCUCUUGGUGCUUAUUUCGUUAAUCAGUCCCACGAUCCGUAAACGCGUCGUUCUGAGGAAAAAAUACAUCUGUGUUUCCCAGGCUAGAAAAAGAGCAGCUGUACACAAGCAAUAGCCUGCGAGAGCAUCCGGUUUUUUCGGCUCUAGUUUGAUGGUUCCACAUAAGAAUACACAAUAGACAAAGCCUGAAAUACUACAGACUUUCCGAAACCAGUUGGAAGAUUCACAAAAACAUCGCAAGGCUUCCUUUUGAUGCUUGUUGAGUCUUUCUAACCAGAAAACUUCCUAUUCUUUCCUCAACGCAUCUUCCGCCAUACUUUCCCACGCGUUGGCGCAAGAUCCACGCAAAAACUCGCGCGUUACUUCUUCGAAUAGGCGAGGUAAAUUCUGAUUGGUCACUAACGGCUGACGUCACGGAAAUUUUCCUCUCGUUUCGGUUUCGCAGACGGUUUUUCUCGGCGGGUGAAACUAAAGCCGAGAAAACCGGAUGCUCUAGCAGGCUAAACCACAGCCUACAAAUAAUCGUUUAUAUAACAUUUCUGUUUUUAGUGAAAAGGCAUUGACUUAAUUGUAGUGAUUGAUGUUUAUACAAAUAUACGAUUAUACAUAUAUUGUUUUUUUCCAAUAUGAUUUUUUCUACGGUUCUUUUUUUUUAUGAAAAUGUGAGUUUAUUUUGCAAUGAGUUCCUUGACUCCCUGAAUAAGAGCUUUUGGCAUAAAAAUAACUAGCAUCAAAGCCUUGUUUUUGUAAAUUCAUAUUUUCUUGCUCAAGGAAAUGGCAUUGUCGGGUGUUAUCCUAAUACUGAUGCCUGCUGUGUUUAUGAGCGCUUAUGCAGGUAAGAAUGGCUUUAGAAUUCAUUUAUUUAUAUUUUACCAUGAAAUCACCGUUUAUAUAAGAUCUCAGUUUGAAUAAAAUCAUAAUGGUCAAUACACUGCAAGCAACCAACUUAACCAACCAGCCACAAAACCAACUAACCCAACCGACUACCCAUGAAACAAGCAAACAAAUAAACAAACGAACAAACUGACCAACACAUCAGUCAACAAACCAGCCGACUAACCAAUCAACCAAACGAAUCUUAAGAAAAUAGAAUUUUUUCUGUAUUGAGUCUCAUAAGCUAAAACGUCGAACAAGGUACUGUCUAGAAUCAAGGCUGCAGUCUUUACAUUUUGACUGCCCUACUUGAUUUAGGGCAGAUAUAGGAUAGGAUAUCCAUCCUUCCUAGGAAAUCGUCAAGUCGUUUGGUAUAUAAUCAGGACGAGGAAUCGGUUGCAAACUCCUUUAAUGAAUUUUUUACCUCAGUUGGCCGAACCACUGUUGACAAAAUCAAAGCACUUGCCUCUGAAUGUAAUUACGAUCUUACGAAAACAAACUUUGUCCCUACGCACUAUCCAUUGUCUGAACAAUUUUCUUUCCAUUCUGUUAAUUGUAAGCAAGUUGAACAGAUCAUCGCAUUGUUACCAUCAAACAAAGCAACGGGCUUUGACAAAAUUUCUGCACGUGUAAUCAAGGAUGGACUGUCAGUUAUUUUGUCGCCGAUUACUCACGUCAUCAAUGCCUCUCUUACAAGUGGCGUUUUCCCUGGAGGAUGGAAACAAGCAGAAGUAACACCUAUUCCAAAGGAGGUAGAUCAUGAACAACCUUGUAAUAACAGACCGAUCUCGUUAUUACCAGUAUUGUCAAAGGUGUGUGAAAGAAUUGCGUUGAACCAGCUGACGGCAUAUUUAACAACAAACAACCGUCUUUCUGCGAAACAAAGUGGAAAUAAGAAAUUUUAUUCCACAUAAACGGCACGUAUCCGCUCCACAGAUGCCAUCUUGACUGGCAUGGAUACGCAGGAACUCUCUGCUAUGGUUUUGUUGGACAUAGAGUAAGGCAUUUGACAGUAUAAAUCAUGAUAUUCUCCUUUUAAAACUACAACAUCUCGGUAUUUCUAAAUACGCUCUCGCGUGGUUUACUAGCUACCUGACCAACAGACACCAAGUCGUGCGUAUUAACUCGACCCUCUCGAAUUUGUUGCGUUUAAAUAGUGGUGUUCCUCAAGGAAGCAUUCUUGGGCCGCUUCUUUUUAGUAUUUACAUUAACGACUUACCUUCUGUUCCUAGAAAUUGUUUAUCGCAAUGUUACGUAGAUGACACUAAACUUCAGAUUUCUUUUAAGAUGCGUGAUUGUCCGACUGCUAUGAACGAUCUAAAUAGCGACCUCCUUUUAAUACGUAAUUGGUGUUUUAACAAUUUUCUACUUUUAAAUCCUGACAAAACAAAACUCGUAGUCUUUGGAAGCCGACAACUACUUGCCAAAUUCCCCGACUUCAAAAUAUCUCUUCUAGGAAAAGAUCUCGCUCUUACAUCUUCGGCCAAAGAUCUUGGGGUUGUUCUAGAUCCGCAACUAACGAUUGAUGACCAUGUUUUAAAAACUACGUCAUCUUGUAUGUCAAGCCUCGCACAAAUCAGUCGGGUUAAACAUGUUCUUGACCGUAACCAACUGGUGACAGUAAUAAAUGCCCUAGUCUUUAGAAAAUUACUGUACUGUUCCACAGUGUGGUCGAACACCUCGAACAAAAAUAUCUGUAGACUACAGUCAGUGCAGAACUUUGCCGCGCGCAUUAUUACAGGUACCAGCAAAUUUGAUCAUAUAACCCCCGCACUAAGAGAUCUACGUUGGGUUCCAAUUAAACAGCAAAAGCUGUUCUUUCGCGACGCUCUCAUGACAUUUAAAUGCAUGACUGGUCAAGCUCCACAUUACCUCAGCGAUCAAUUUACAACAAGAAUUGCGGUCACCGGGCGCGUGACUCGAAGUUGCCAAUUAUUAAACAUCCCCUUGUAUAAGUCGAGUACCGGACAGAGAACAUUCCACUACCGUAUGGUGCACAUUUGGAACAAUCUAGACAGUACUCUUAAAACUGCAAAAUCGAUUUCUACUUUUAAAUUUUAUUUGAAAAAUAAAUUGAUUACUGACUUUUUAAAUAGCACGUUAUGAUAGUAUUUUAGUAUCUUAUUUUAUUAUAAUUUUAACUUAAAAAUAUGCAUAUUGUAUAGUACGUAGUGAGAAUAUUUAUUAUUCGAUUAACUCUUAAAUAGGUAUGUUUAUAUUGCUUUUGUUCACCGCACUCUUUCCUUUUUAAUUGAAUUGUUAACUACUUCUCUUAUCUUAAUUAGUAGUCGCAUUGUCACUGAAAAGCCCCACCAGGGGAGUGUCAAUAAACUAUUGUAUUGUAUUGUAUUGUAUAGGAGCAACGUGGUCUGCUAGUAGAAGUCCUCUAUUGGCUGAAAGAGAUUUAUGUAUUUCUUUAAAAAUUUCAGUUGAUGACCGCAAUUUUGCGAAAGCCCACAUUCCAUAUUUGCGCUUCGAUGGAGGUGCAAGAGCAAAGCACUGCUGGCCUGACGAGGCUAAAGACUCCAACGAUGGAAAAUGCAAAGACUUCAAUUCUAAAGCUCCUAUCUACUACGAUGUUGUUGAUUGUGCUGAUAAAUAUCGCAAAGUGAGUUUUCCUGUUCUAGCUUUUAUACUACUACAUGAGAAAUUUCUGCAAUUUGAUUGGCUUAGAGCAGUGGUAUUUCAGCUUAAUUUGAAAUACCUAGUAGUAUAAACAAAUAAUAGCAUGAUUUGUACGUGAUAUUUGGCAUAAAUACCACUCGUAACAUUUCUAAAUUGUCUCAAAUUUCACUCGCCUAACGGCUCGUGAAAUUACGUAUAACAAUUUCGAAAUAUCACCCGUGGUAUUUAUUGCAAAUAUCACUACAAAUCAUGCUAUUACCUAUGCUAAUUCUUUUAAAAAUAAAAAUUAAGACUAUUGCUUGCUCGUUUUAUUCUUGAGUCCCCAAGAGACCGAGUACAACGAUAGAAAUAGCUCUUGAUUCAUGGAAACCCCUGUUUCCAUCUUAUUAUGAACUUAUCAAUGCUGAUGAGCAAAUAACUCCACGUUAUUAACUAUAAUAAUUAUGAUUGUUAAAUCUUCGCAGUCAUUUCUGUCUCCUAUAGAACGAUCCAAUCCGUGCCCGCCAUCAAACUUAGUACCACUGACAUCAUACCAUCUUCUUAUAAUAAUGAUAAUGUCUGAAUUUUUUCAGCUUGUCUGGUGGGUUUGGUAUGGCAGACAAAACCCUUGCACCGGUUCUUCCGGAGCGCACAACAACGACUGGGAACACAUCACCAUCAACUUCAUCAAGGACGGUUCUGGUGCAUGGAAGCAAGACAGCGUGACCUGGUUCCAACACGAUGGCUGGUAUACAAGACGCAACACUGCUAAGAGUCCCAGUGUUUACGUGGGCAAGAACGCUCACGGAAGCUACGACAACUGGUGUGAUGGCAGAGGAUUUGUUUGGGAGCAGGUAAGCCGGAAAACCGACGGAAAACCGACGGUGGCUGUUUACAGCGCUCGAAGCGGAUACUAUCCAAAUGUCUCUACAUACUUCUUCCUGUUAUAAGGAAAACAACUGAAUGUGUUAUUGUUUUCUCACAAUAUAAUUGAAAACGUUACAAGACCAACUUAACUUUAUAAUAUUGUCAUUCAGAAAUGAUUGAAUGAUGUGUGCCAAAAAAAUUAAGUGAAAUGAAAUAAUUAUUCGCCUCGGGUUCAGCAAAAUUAAUAUUGGUCGCCGAUAUUCACUUCAGUAGUUGCUAAUUCGCCUUACAGUAGGGUAGCCAAUCAGAUCGCGCACUUACUCAUAUCCAGUCAUUGUCUAAAAGUAUAUGAUAACUGAGAUUCAGUAUGUUAAUACUUUUUCAUAACAUUAAAUUGUUUACAUUCCUAGGAUUAUUGCGCUGGAGGAUGUGGCUACUGGGAUGAUUUUCGUAACGACAAAAAGGGAAGACGUUGGACACCAACCAACAUCAAGCACGUGUCUGAGGUAACUCAUCAAAAAGGGGUCCAUUCUGGUAUCUUAAUCUCUGUUAAUACGGUCACCAAAGGAACAAAUCAAGAGUUACCAUAUUAUACGGUUAUCCCGGCGUACUAGUGAACGACGUACGCGCUAGUUGCCCGUUCGUAACCUUCUGCUCAUCAGUUUUCGGUCGGUUUUGUGCGCACACACUCUUCAUAAUGACGUUAUUCGAAUGUUUUGAUGUGGGAAUGAUAUCAAAAACGCUUCUUCAAACUCUUAAAUCUUUUCAAAACGUAAGGAAACCAUACUUUUUAAUUUCAUAUAAUCAAAACGCACAUCAAAAUGUAUGUUCAGUCAGUUUUCUCAAAAAUUUGACAUUUAUUUUUCUAAACGCGAAAAGCGACAUUAUUACUGGAGACACGCUCGGUUUUACUUCGCUUCUACCGAAUACGUCUAAGUGUGUGUACCAUAGAAAACUCACUCUAUAAGAAAAUAUUCCGUCAUUAACAUUCUAAUACUUAUAAUGAUUUCCAUAAUAUAUCCUCAUGCAUCAUCACCAACAUCAUCAUAGUCAGUUGUUAUCUUAUUGUAUCAUUCUCUCUAGGUUACUGGUAAAGUGGCUAAUAGAAUCAAAGACGAGAAAUAUUUUGAUGACACCAGGCUCAACAGGUGUAUUGGUGCCAAUUCUCGCUGUGUGAAGGGACCAUGUGGAUGCUGGCGAAAUAACCACACUUUCCUAGCACCUAAAUGUAAUGUCUAAGCGACGAAAUUAAUGAAACAAGGGAAAUAAACCAUCAGUGAAUACUCUGACAAAAAUAUAUAAUAUAUGUAUAUAUGUG